AGCAGCAGCGCUUGUCACGGCGGCGGCUGUGGUUGGUGUCGGUGCCUGGAGCAGCGCCACAGCAAGCGGCGUCGUCCCGCGUUUGAGGAGGGACGAGGAACGAAUUGAAAGCCAGCACAAAUCCAACAAAAAACAGUGCGUCCUCGAGUGUAUUUCGGUGUCGCUGCCAGCUCGUGGAGCCCUGCCACGGACGAGCUAGGCCGAGAUCGGGCUGAAAAUAUUGUCUUGUACAUAACAUAGAUUAUUACGUGAGGAAAGAAUAUUGACGGCGGUGCGGCUGUUGGUCGCCCUAUGUGUGCCUGCCUGCCUGCCAAUUUGUCGGCUUGCCUAUCUAUCUGCCUGGCUAGCUAGUUGCCUGUUCUACACGCGACGAACGGAGUAUGUUGUUAACCCCCCGACCGGGGCAUCAGGAUGAUGAGUGAAGCUCGACAGCACCAGCAGCAGCAGCAGCAUAAACGGCAGCAGCUACAACCGCAAGCAAAGCGGCAUCCGCAACAAAACGAACAGCAGCAGCAGCGAAUGCUGGCGAUAAGGUGAAUUUUUGGUGAUGAUAGUAGUCGUGUGUGUAUUUUUGUGAAUGCUGCUCGUUGCGGCGUCGUCGUCGUCGUUAUUCGUGGUCGUCGGUCGACCGGUCGGUCGGUCGGUCGUUGGUCGAUGCGGCGUACUGCCGUCUUGGUCGCUACAACCUCUAUCGACAAUAUCCUCGACAUUACUCUCUACAACACAGCAGAGUUAUAUAUAUAUAGAGAGAGAGAGAUCUAUAUAUAAAUAUAUAUAUAGCAGUAAUAUGAUGUGUAUAUGUGUGUGUGACUAAACGACUGGCUUCUCGAGGGACAUCCAUUCAACGAAGUUGCCAGUAACAGCAACAGCAGGGAAUACGAUCAAACCAAGGCAUAAGAACAGCAAGAAUACACAGCAUCAAGAAGGAUAGUCGUAGGAAUAUAACAAGCAUCUUGACUCGACUCGCGACCGCAACGACGAGGGUAAAAACAUCGUCGACCACGAACCGCCGCCGAUAUCAACCAAUGCUAUUACUACAGCAGGCACUAGCAGCGUUGUAUAGUCCCCCUACCCUCCUGCAGUCCUAAAAGCUCCCCUUGUAAAGAAGUGUGCUGCUGGUGACCGAUACGAAAGGUGUUACUCGUCGUAUUGAAGCGGACUGCCCCUCAGAAAAACCCCCGGCGUUAGUCCGUUCCUUCAUCGUGGACGACGUCGUCGUCGUCAUCGUGGUCCGUUUGUGUGUAGCUGUCGUGUACGGCCAGUCCGUGUGCGAUCGUACCUCAUCGUAUGUCGACCCAUUAUCGUGUGUUAGCAGGAGUACGGAGUGUGUCAUUAGCUCAGUUGUGUGUUAUAUCAAUUACCGUGUCCACAACCCAUUUUACAAAAACAACUGGAAGAAAAGAAUCGUUGAGGUGUUACAGGGCGCUCGUGUAUGCUUGAAUGUUUGUGAGAGUGUAUGUGUGUGUGAAUACCGUGUCGUGUAAUGCUGCCUAGUGCUGUUGCAGUGGGUGGUAUGGAGUAAUGGUAAAGUGGCCACACACACCACGAUAAAUAGACAGACAAACUCGAACAACAGAUAGCGAGAGGGCUACGCCACGCUACGCUGCAAAGCAACUGUGUUUAUUACUACUACCGCUACUACUACUGCUACCGCUACUGUUACGGCGUACAGAAAAGAAAGCAAACGGCAACACAGUCAGGAGCAACUCAAACAACAACGGAACGACGGCGGCAGCGACCGAACUACUACAACAACAACAGCAACAAGCACACAAAAAGAGUCGUGGUGGACGUCCACCACCGCCGCGUCUCCGGUGGCCGGUCGCCAGGCUACCGGUUGUAUAGCUUCUGCUUCGACAGCAUCAACAGCCCGGCCUUAAAAAGAGUCCACAACCUGAUCGACAACAACAACAACAGUAACAAUUGGAAUAAGCACAAGUAGCACCGUGGUGGCAAAAGCCAUUUUUUGGUGCUGGUGUACGACGAACUGCCUACGUUUCGUCGACGUGCCGCGACAAGGGUUCUACGCGGCAGCAUACGAACGACCCGGCAAUAAGAGCCGUUGUUCGUCUAUAGUGAUUGUCGUUGAAACCACCACGGUGUAGCGUGUGUCUGUGACAGACUGGACGGACGGUGGCGGCCAUGUCCACCUCGGCAGUGCCCCCGCCGACCGCCCAGGAAACACUCAACAACAGCGGGGGGCCGGCUCAGGGCAGCGGCAAUCCGGCCGAUGAGAACGGCGGGCCGCCUGGACAGCCCGACGCCCAACAACAACAGCAGCAAGCAGCACAACAAGCCAAGCUGUCGCCCCCACAGAAGGGACCUGACGAGCGAUCGCCUUACGAGAUGGCGCUCGGCCCCCCCGGACAAGGCCCGGCCGGUGUGGGGCCUCCGAUGCUUAGCUAUUACGGCGGGCCGCCUAUGGACCCGAAACGCUAUCCUCGGGGCCCAAUCGGCCAUCCAGGACAACACCCUCUCGGUCAUCCGGGAGCCCCCAACG